AUGAAAUUGGUUUCCAGCUUAGCUAUAACUUCAGUACUUGCUUCCCAGCUCGUAAAUGCUGCACCAGCACUUUCCGAAAUUAUUCCAGACGUUACCCUUGGAGGAUCUGCAUCUACUGCUACAUCGAUAAAUUUGUUGGCAGAUGAUACCACCUCGUCUACAAAAACUUCAUCUACCAACAAAAGUGAGGCAACUUCAAACGAUCCGUCACUUGGGGAUUAUAUCGACUUUUUGGCAGGAGGAGAUGAUUCUGAGUCCACUACGUCAUCAGCAGUGACGAAAACUUCGUCUACCAAGACAAGUAGUUCAACGACAACUGGUUCCUAUUUUGAUAAUCUUUUUGACAAAUUAUUAGGUGAAGGUGACUACGCUGAUUCAAAUUCCUCGACCAAGACCUCAGCUACCUCAGCCACCUCAAAAUCCACAUCCACUGCAACAAGUGGCUCUAUCCUUGAUGAUAUUUUUGAUUCUGUUUUGAGUGGUGGUGACAGUGAUUCUAAUUCGACUACUACUGCUACCACUAAAUCUUCAAGUUCAACUGGUGGCUCACUUUUUGAUGAUCUUUUUGAUUCAUUGUUAGGAGAUUCCAGCUCUUCAGACUCAUCUUCUAAUGGAACUUCCAGUUCCCUGUCUGGCGGGGACUUUUUGGAUGAAAUAAUCAGUGGAGCAAAGAAUGCGAUUGACAAUCUUUUUGAUUCAAAUUCUUCAUCUAGCUCAGGAUCCAGUUCAUCAUCAGGUUCUGGUGACAGUCUUUUAGACGAUGUUCUUGAAAUCGCAGAAAAAUCUAUUGGAUCUUUAUUCGACAAAGGAUCUAACUCAUCUAUCUCCGGUGGAAGUUUGAUUAGUGGAGCUCUUUCUAUUGCAGAACAUGCUAUUGAGUCAUUGUUUAGCAGUGGUAGUGAUGCUUCUUCUGGAUCGUCUGGUGAGAGCUUUAUUGACAAAAUCUUAGGGAUUGCUGAAAACAAAAUUGGUAGUUUCAUUGAUGGCUUGGGUUCUGGCUCUACAUCAUCUUCUAGCUCCACUUCGUCCAGUUCUGGUGGAAGUUUGUUACACGAUAUCUUCAGUUUUGCUUCCAAGGCAAUCAAGUCAAUUUUCUCAGAUAGUGGCUCCUCAGGUUCUGGAAAGGGAUUAUUCCUGAGCAUCUUCGCAAUUGCUGAAAGCGCGCUUUCUUCAUUAUUUAGUGGUUCAUCUUCGUCUAGCUCGUCUUCUAGUGGAGGUAGCAUUUUGGGAGAUCUUCUUAGCUCAUUCCUUGGUGUUUCCAAUUCAACAGGCGUUUCUGGCGAUGAACUUUUGUCUAAAGCAUCUGAGGCUAUUUUUGGUUCUUCGGGGUCUGGUAGUAGCCUUUUCGAAGAGAUUAUCAAGGAUUUGUUAGGAUCUGCGAAAGGCGGUGUCUCUUCAUUAUUAAGCAAUAUCGUCAAUGAAUUUGUGAAUGCUUUAUUCGACGGAAACUCUAGCUCUUCAUCUAGCUCAUCUACUAGCAAAGGAAGCAGUGGUUCUUCGUUGUUUGGCAGCUCAUCCAGUUCUUCUUCUGGUAAGAAGUGUUGCUGUUCACCUGCUAGCAAGAAGAGAAAGGCAAAGAAGAGAGCCUUAAAAAAGAAGAUCAAGAGAAGUAUUGCGUCUGCUAUCAAAAAGAGACAAGAAUUAACUGAUUCCCAAUAUAUUGACUACGCUUAG